AUGACCUGGGACCAAAGCCAACAUUGUGCAAUCUUGGAGUAUGACCGGGACGUCGAUUUGGACCAGCAAGUGGAGAAGGAUGAUAAUGAGUGGAUUGAGAAGCUCCUCGCGGCAGAGCAGGCUUCUCCGGAAUUUGAGGGCACCAUCACGAUUGACCUGUCGAUGCCAGCUGCCAAGGAUAUGGAUGACAGGGCUACAGUAGGAAUCGCGGCAAAUAUGGCAGCACUAUUGGAGAACAUGAAAGCGGAUGUCAACGGCCUUUGCACGGAAUUAGAGAUUGCGGCGGAAGAACUGGCUCAAGCUAAGGAUGCGGAGGCUGCCAAGGAUGCUUGUAUCCUUGAAUUGGAGGCCAAAAUGGCUGAACAAGCAUCGGUCACAGGAAAGCACAGUUCGUCAAGCCCCUCCUCCAGCAAGGCAACAUCAUUGGCUGACAGUGGGGGCCAAGGUCAAAAUCUACACAACCAAAACACAUCCAGCCAGGUGGCCCACUCCUCGCUGGAUGCUUACUUAAACUCUCUCCCUCCCGGUAACUACUUUGGCGAUGACUCACGCCAGAAGUCUCCUCGCGUUACCCGGGUCCUUUUUCAAAAUGUUCAGGGUCUUCCAUUUCCUAUGACACAUGAGAAACAGAAAGGGCUCUUCAAGUGUUGGACGGAUGAGAGAGUGGGUAUUGCACUGCUGGCUGAAGUUAACCUUCAAUGGUCAGCAGUGCCCAGAGGACACAAGUGGUUUGAUCGGGUCAAGUCCUUCACUAACCAGGGACAUUUCUCUUCAGUAUCUUACUACGAACACCAGGAGUUUCCAACUCCCUCGGCGCAUCAAUGGGGCGGAUGUUCUGCUACAUUACUCCACAAGGUCGCGCGCCGUGCAAAGUCAGGCGGCAAAGAUGAGUCAGGGCUAGGCAGGUUCUCAUGGAUCAAGAUCCGGGGCAGGGACAUCCGACAGCAGGAGUCUCAGACUGAUGGGCCCCCGGCUGGUCCUUUAGAUCUUGUGGUGGUCUCUGCAUAUCAAACAAUGGAAAGCGGAAGGGUGUGA